ACGAAAGGGUCCAGAGCAGAACGGCUUUCUCAGCUGUUACUCCUGGCCUGAGAUUUCAAAGCACAUCAAUCAAAAACUCGUCGCGUGCAGAUUCGACACUGAUUCCUCCUCCUUGUGAACAAGUCUUAGCAAUUCUGAACACUGGAAACACAUUUCAAAAUGAAAGAGGGCAAACUUUGCAAGAUACAGACCAUACUGUGACAGUUGCCCAAUAGGAUUUACAGGGAUGAGAAAAUAUCUUAAAGGCAAAGCAGGCAUCUUCACCAGUUUCUUCGAAUGCAGUACUCGAGAGAGACUCCUGGGGGGCUUCCGACAGAUCUCCUGGAUCAUCAUUCUAACACCCGGUCGAUAACAUCUGGAGCGCAUCAUCAAUAUGUUAUCGAGGCGUCUUAUAAUAAUGUAAGUGGAACUGACUUUAGCAGUUUGGGUCAGGGUGUAGAUUAUGACUUAACAUAUGGAUGUUACUACGAAGUGGAGGACAGCGGGGUGCAUGCCCAGUACAUGAACUUUCCACGCACAGGAAAUAGAUCGUUUCCUCCACACCAGGCGAAGCCAUGUUUCGACGGAGUUGGUGAAAUAAGCUACAACAAGUUCAUCAGUAACGUACCAAGAGGGCAGUUUUCUGUGGGUGAUCAAGGAUUGUCAUCAUGCCAGAAGACUUGUCCAAUAACCAACUCAAUGCGAGACACGCAGGACACGCAGGGAGUAGCAAGUACUUUCGAAUGGAUGAAAAUCAAAAGAAACAAUCCGAAAAUAGGCAAACCGAUUGCGUACGGAUUAACGAACGCAAUUGCAACAGCUCGAACCAGUUUCACCACCAAACAGUUAACUGAACUCGAAAAGGAAUUUCAUUUUAAUAAAUAUCUUACCAAGACCAGAAGAGUUGAGAUUGCGCAUAACCUACAUCUUAAUGAGACACAAGUAAAAAUAUGGUUUCAGAACCGAAGAAUGAAACAGAAGAAACGAGAGAAAGAAGGCCUUUCUGUCGUCUGCCUGCCUCGCCUUUCGAAUAACCAGAAAUUGUCUUCCCCAGAAAUAAAUUCUCCCUUUUCCUCUCCGCCUUGUUCUCCCCACACUUGUUAAUGCGUUUACAGGUGGAUAAAUUGAUCCAUACACGGGGAGCUGUUUUGAAAGCUAUAGCAAACUUGAAUAAUUGGCUAUAUGUGUCCUUAAAUACGUUUAUGGAAUUGCACUAAUGUCUGAAAAUGUUAAAUUAUAUACUUUUGAAUUGAAAUCUCGUACAUGUGUUAUUGUUUUAAAUGUAUGUCUAAUUGUCAAAUGUUCUAUUCAGUCAACAAAUGACUGCAACCAUGAGCUACCAAUUAAAAAGCAAUGACCAACACAACUUGUUAAUGCUUAUGUAACUACAAGAUGUCUUGAACAUCCUUGUUUUCCUUGGAAUCUUUACUCUAGACUUUGUGGCAGUGUUAUCUCUGAAAUAUGUAAAAUUGUCUUCAUGCUCUAAAAUGACUCCAGCAUUUUGGUCCAGUGUGUUAAAACUGUAGGCCUAGUUUUAAACCACUGCUGUUACGUAGCCUACCUGUAUUUUUCUUCUAAAGUGACAAAAUAACCAAAGAUUCUUUCACUAAAUGUCUUAUGAUGAAACUGACCUAUGCCUUCUUGUUUAAGGGAAGGAAACUCUCAGGAAAAGUUCUUCAGCAUUCUGAAGGCACUAAUACCUCAGGUUCAGACGUUUGCUUAUUUGUAAUAGUUUUUUGCAAUAUUAAUUGUGCGAAUAUGCCUCCCGCAUAGCACUUAGUCCCAGCCAUAUAACAACACAAAAGGAUACAUUCAAUGGUGUUACUUUUGUUAAACGACAAAAAAAAAAAAAAAA